AUGUCUGGCAUCACGAACUGGUCGCACCAUGCUGACUUGCUGCGGGAUCUCGGUGCUGGACCACCAUGGAGGCGGGCGAGUCCAGAUGUUCUGGAUGAUCUCGAGCAGGAGCAGCUUGCUUCCAUGAGAGUUCGGGACCGCCUUCUUCGACGGGUGAUGCACCUUCGCACACCUGAGCUUCGAAAGCUGCAAGAUGCAGAUUACAUGACAGAGCACAACUACUCUGUGCUCGCUUGCCCAUUGAGCGAGGAUCUGCCCUUUUCUGGCCAGGGCCACUUACAAGGACAUGUCGUUUGGGUCUAUUCAGAUCCGCUGCAAGAGAAGCGCCUAUGGCCUGCUUUCCAGAGUAUCGGCAUAAAUUUGGAGGAUGUCCAUGAGUUAGAGGUCUUCCCAGACUCCUGUUCCAGUUUUGAAGCAGAGCUGUUUCUCACAUCCGAGCCUGUCUUCCGCUGGGACACAGCCACGCACAGCCAACUGGAGGCAGUGAUUGCCGAAGCUCUGGGAACAGAUGCAGACACAGAGUUGUUGCCAUUCAGGCAUGUGGUGAUAGUCAAGAACACCUUCAUUGAUCUCGAUGAUGCCCCACGAAUGCCAACUCUUGCCCGUGUCUCAACCACGCCAGCAAGAUAUGUAGGCAAAGAUGCGGAGGAAGAGGACGAAGACGAGGACGAGGAGGGCCCGGGCAAGGAUACUGGGGACACCGGCAAGCAGGAAGAAGAGGGCUAUGACCAGGCGCCGGCAAUGCCGGAGUUGUACCGUACGGCAACCUAUGAUGAAUAUGAGCCAGAGGUCAACUGGAAAUGGACAGUCUCCUCCCCCCCGCCCGCGGGAGAUGCAGUGGGUGGAGCAGGAUAUGCUGGUGCACUGCCGAUUCCCAGCCCUUGUCCUCAGCCAGCACAGCCAGUUCCGGGCACCGCCAUCAUCAUGGUGCCUGCAAACAUGGCAGGGAUGCCCAUAGGGUCGCCCACUGCCGUGCCAAUCCCAGCCGGCAUGCCACCAUCACAGCUUUUCGACCGAUGGCCGCAAGGAAUCCCGACCGCAAUGCCCCAAGAAGGAGCGUCGAGUCCGAGACCGAGCCCAGAGACCGCAGCUGAUCUGCCAGUGGCCCCUCCCACAGCAGCCCCGCGCGCACCCGUGCUGCAGCGGGCUUUCAGCGUGAACAGUCGUAUCUUCCGAAUUCAUUGGACAGUGGAUGCCCGGGUGUUGAAAACAUCCGACCGAGAGAAGGUCUCUCCCCCCUUCGAGGUUUCAAUGGAUGGCAAAGAAAUUCAGUUCAAAAUGUGCCUGCGGCCCUCCCUGACCUCAGAGAGCCGCGGCGGAGCCUCCUUCCGGAAGGCCAAGGGCAAGGGCACCGUCGACUUGCGCUGCCUCAACGAGAUCAGCCCUACGCGCAGCUGUGCGGUGACUUUUCGAGUAGCCAUCGGCAAGGGCUCCGAGUCACACAAAGUGUCCAAAACCAUGAAGCAUGACUUCUCGCAGAAGCCAAUCUGCCAGUUAGAGGGCGAGGAAGAGUGGGACUUCAAGACUGUGACAGACGAGGAGACCCAGACUUUCGUUGUGGUGUUGGAGGUUGUAACCAUCGAGGUGGAGCCGGAGCACGCAAUGGCAGCGCAGCGAUUGGCCUUUCACGCGGGUGUCAGCCACAAGAUUGAUGUAUGGACUGGGCACAGCUCCGAUGUGCUUCGCACUUUGGCAGACCGCUACUCUGGUGCGACACCGCGGUUUGCCCUCGUUUUCAUGGACCAGUGUGGUUCACGUUUCUGGCAAGAUCUAGAGAUCCUGAUCCAGCAGGACUUGCUGCUUCCAGGUGCUGUCAUCUUGGCAGACAACGUCCUGAAGCCGGGAGCCCCGCUUUUUCUAUGGCAUCUUUUUCAUGGACGUGGAAGCCAGCUCUUCAAAGCGGAGCUCGUAGGCCUGGAAGAGUUCGCAAUGGAGGGAGUGGAGGACAAGGGGGGGAGAAAGAUUGCUCCACGUACUUUGAGUGAAAAGCCUGAGAACAUUGCUGAGGGAGAAGUGCCUGGCCAGGACUGCAUGGCUGUUGCUGUGUUCCAGCCUACGGAGUGCAGUGCACAUCUCAGUUGGUUCGUGCUGUCCCGUCUCCCAAUCCAAUUCCAAGCCGUAUGUGGAGAUGUCUGCUUUCAGGUCACAACACGCAAUUCAGGGUAUAUCCCCGUUUGCACAAUCCGCGUUUUCCGGUUGUACGACUUCGAGUUUUAUGGUUGGCAUGAAUCCGCCCUUACAGAGUUGCACGAAUCUGCGUGUGUUUGUAGCGCGAAUCCCUUUUUUUGCCUGACAAGUCUGACACCAAGAUGGUUCAGUUCUUCCCCACGGCUCAAAUGCCGCUGGGCUUCGUGUUCUGCGCGGCUUUCCAUGGGCAAAGGUCCUGCUGACGAUGAAAUCCCUGAGAGUGUGUUGGAGCUCGAGUUACAGGCCAACGGCGCUGGUUCUCUCUUGGUGUGCGGGCGUGUGUGUCCGUGGGCAUGGGGUGCUAUAUGGAGCACAACACAUGUGCGAGAGCUGCAGGCCAACAAAAAGCGCACCCAAGCCUUCAGUCCAGGAAGUGCCCCGGACCUACGUUUUACAAAUCGCUGUACCGAAAAAACGUCUUCAAAUCACUGUCCAGGUCCCUUUCGAGGAUUGGUCUGCCUUUGCUGA